UUGUGGAUAUUGUCAGAUCAUUGUUGCGUCUAGGGCUAGAUUUGGUAGCUCCUGAUGAAUCGAUUUUGAUCACACGUGACUCAUUUUCCUGCGACAUCCCAUGCAAGCCUCGUAUGAAGUGUCGCUUUAUGGAUCAUUCCCUCCAUCCGAUCUUGAGCCCAUCCUUCAGCGGAUUACCUUGAGGUCAUCAUCCUCCAGGAUAAUCAAAUGGAAGGAGAUUGUCUUUGACCCUAUUCCCCGACCGCCACAGUCCGUGGUUGGUGCUCUCAGCAAUGACGCCGCGAGGAAGGAACAGAUUCGCCUAGUGUGCUGGAAGGACCUAGACGCUUCAGGAAUGGUCGAGAAGGAAUGGACCCUAUAUGCUCAUAGUAAAAAGCCGGAGCCAGCACGAAAUGAGACAACGGUUCGCCAAGCGUCAUACAUGCAAAUCGUGGCCGGAGAUGCACUAGGCUUCGUUACAGCGUUGGGAUAUAGACGCACGUCCGAGUGUCUGAAACAUGGAUACGAAUUCGAGAGGGAUCAGCUCAAUAUACAAAUUUUCAAGAUCGAUACUAUUGAUAUGAGGACGAAAGAGAUCAAGAGAGCUGCCCCAGACACAUUUUGGCAAAUCGAAGUUAAAUCUAUGCCAUCCUCCCGGAAGGGCGUUCCCGGCUCUUCGGGUAAUGCUUCCCCACUGAAUACGGGCACAAUCAGCGGAACUGGUGCAAUUGCGGCAUCCACAUCCUCGGAGAUUCCACUAAAAGAGGAGACGGCUCUAAUCCUUGAGUUUAAGAUGAUUCUCAAAGGCCUUCUUGACUUGAAGCCCCUGGCUAUGACACCAAAAGAAGCUCUCCGCUAGGCAGAUCCUUUGUCUCUUAAAGUUGACGGGUAAGGCUGACUGUAUCUUAUCUUUGAAUUAUGAUUAGAUUACUUUUAACUGACGGGAUUGUG